UGUAGACUUUGGCAAGCGGUUUCCCGAUGAGAAUGGCAAUCCAGUGCCUACCUCUACCCUCUCAGAUAUUUUCAAAGCAAAGGAGAAGUGGUUGACUCUGGAUCCUGGAGCUGCUGAUGGGUGGAAGAGAAAAAACCGAAAGGAACAAUUUCCAGUACUUGAGCGGCACCUUGUAGAGUGGGUAGAUUGGGCAAAUAUGAAGCGUGUACUUGUCACCGAUAUUGUGCUGCGCAUUGCUGCCGAGACUUUGGUUGAUCCGUUGCGCAGUGUACCAGACAACACAGAGGAUUAUAUAGACUUCGGUUUUUCGAAUGGGUGGCUUGCUGCAGUGAAAAAUAGGAAUGGAUUAUCAAGCAAAAAAUUGCGAGGUUCAGGUGGAGAUGUAGAUGAGGUGGAGAUUCCACAAAUGUGGAAGGAUUUGCAGGAGGAAUUGGAUGACUAUCCAGCACGGGAUAUCUUCAACUGUGAGGAAAUGGCAUUACAGUACAAUAUUAUGCCGGACAAUACAAUCUUAAGAGGCAAAGCCUACUCGCCUGUCUGUUUUCGCCGCACAGGUUAUCGAAACCUAGACACCUUACCUUUUAUUUACCGAAACAACAAGAAAGCCUUGAUGCUUAGUAGAAUUUGUUCUUACACAUAUCAAGUUGGUAUACCUUCCGAAGAAUACCAUACCAUUUUUAUAGCCACUCGAUCAAGGAAUUAUCCGUGUCUUGAAAGCCUCAUAUUGGAGAAAAUAUGCACAGCGAUUACUUCAAUAUCCAUGGUGAACCAAAAGGGUGGAAAGAACUACCCCCAAAGGUCAUUUUCAACUGCUAGCAGAAGUGAGUAUAUGGAAUACUUGGAGACUGGUACUACAAUCUCAAUCGGUUUCCUGAUAGACGCGGGUUGCAACUCAGAGCAAAUCGCAAAUGCAGUAUCUCGGUUCCUGUGCUAUGAAGACUCUGCAGACCCCGAAAUACGUGCAUCUAUUGUGAUCAUAUCUGAGCUCAUUGAGGAUCUCAGGCAAGAGGACACAGAGCCCACCCCACCAGAUUCAGACGAUGAGGAUCUGGCCCCCCGACACCACCUAUCUCCUCAGACUGGGCUUUACAACAUCUUACGGAACUCAGAAUCUUCCUGCGCAGCCUACCUGUAGAUACCUUAGAACCACCAGCUAGCCAAGCUCUCAAAGUUUCAGAAACUCUUCUCGACCUUGAACUCUUGGGAUCAGCAGUUCGUAACUAUAAGGAGAAGCAGAAGGUCCACAGAAUCUGAAUUCGUGGUUGCAUAUACCCACUCAGGCUGCUAGCGAUGCCAGGGCAUCUGACAGGCUAGACAAACCACAACUUAAAGACGAGCGGUCGGAGUAGGACCGGAGAUAUACCGUUCAAUAGAGCUCCUUCCAGCAGUCAAUUUGAGUCUAUACCCGAGGCAAUCCGAUAGCAACUGCGGAAGUUAGAUAGGGGUCGUGGGUUGAUUGAUGGUAUUUGGGCAUAUGGUACACUGGCAGGUCUGGUAGUAGUAGAGAUAUGGCGAUGUGUGAUAUACCGCAUAAUAGAGCUCGAUAAGGCGAUCAUGUUUUGUCUUAUACACGAGUCAAUCGGAUAAGUUUUGAGAAAGUUGGC